AUGCCUCGCUAUGCAAUUAUCGACGACACCGACCCGAUGAUCACCUAUACGGGUAACUGGACUGUCCUCAGCAUGUUGGAUCCCAAUCAGCCAGAGUACAACGGGACGGUCCAUGCCACCAAUGAUCCCGACGCAACGAUUGAGCUCAAUUUCUACGGCACUGUCGUAAAUGCGUACGGUACAAUCGACGCUCCCGAUAAAAAAGGGCUCCCUGCCUCGAGAUGGACCCUUGACGGCAAGCCUCCAGUCGACUUCCCCCAACCGAAUACAAUUGGAACAUAUGAUAUCAACGGGACAACAUCCCAUGUGAGCAUCUUUCGUUCUGGAAAGUUUGCAGACGGCGCGCACAAGCUUAAGAUAGAAAUCAAUCCAGCUUCGGGAGUCAACGGCAGCCCACCGCCGAUGUUCUAUCUGGAUUUUUUCGCGGUAUUGGCUGGUGAUCCCAUCUACGUGGAGGAUGUAAUUUUGGAUGCAGGAAACCAGUUCACCGUCGUCGACGGCUCUUGGACAGCGCAGAAUGUGACCGGGGCGUAUCUUAAUUCGGCGGUAGUAGCGCCUUUAAAUGGUGGCUCUACAUGGCUGGGGUUCCAUGGUAAUACUCUUUUUGUCAUCCGCUCGACCUACGCUUACGCUCUUCAAGGGACCGAGAUCACGGUAUACGGCACACUCAACGGGACCUACAACCCAAAUGCGACCUUAGGCUACUUCUCCAUCGACGAAGGCGUGAAGAAACCUGUCUAUCUCCAGAAUAUAACCCAAGUCGUUCAGACGAACGGCCAACCAAUUGGAAACUCUGAUUCGAUAACAAAUCUCCCGGGAGUAACUAUGCUGGAUAAUGGCUGGAUAUCGGUUCCGACACCACUUAUGCAUCAAGCGAUUUGGAGAACAAAGGGAUUGAAGGAUAUCGGGGACUUUCAGCAUACUCUCACCAUCUCGAUAGAGGCGCAGCGCACUUCGACAGCGUCUUCUUCAACUGGGUCGAGUACAGGUACCUCUUCCACCACCAGUAGCUCGACCUCUACAUCCGGUGGCCCGACACCAGCGCCAACUGUAUCUCCUUGGCUUUUCGACUACGUCGUCUAUGGUCCAUCUUCGGCGAUUGGAAGCGCGACUCCCGUGGCUUUCCAACCAAGCGGUGGAUCCUCGGUUUCGUCUGCAGCGGAGCGCGGCGCCAUAGCCGGCGGUGUCCUGGGCGGACUCGCAUUCCUGACCAUUGUCAUUGUCGGCAUUCUAUUUUUCCUACGACACAAGCGCAGGGAAGAAGAGAAGCGCCGAGCGCCCACAGAGUAUACCGUCCCAGCGUCAACGAACCCCAUCUUGGCCGGACUGCGGAAGAGUUUCCACAAGUCUGGAGCAGAUAAAACUGCGGAAGCCACGGCUCGAGCCGAAAAGGGUGCUGUCCGGCGAGACGAGCCUGGUGUUGUCCGACAGGAAGAGCCGCUGGUCCUGGAUAUCAGUGCAAAUGCGACUCCCCAGGAGCACUCUGCAACUGCGCAACAGGGUUCCACGCCACUCGUUCGUAGACAGGGAAGCGUCAAUGUCGAGACAUCGACCACGGUUACCGCGACCAAUACGCAAAGUCCGAGCUUGGGAGACGCGACGGCGAUGAGCGCAUACGACUACAUUCGUCCAAGUCCGGGUAAUCUCUAUACGAGAGAUGGAUACUUUUCCUCUAGCGCCGGUAACGUCAAUGCCAUUCGGGAGGUUGACGGUGGUGUACGGCUUGCGUCUGGAGACUCUGAUGAAUCGGUACAUGCUGAGCCUAGCGUACCCAUUCUUCCCCCUCAGUACUCACGGUACUGA